AUGAAUGCCAAGGUGGCAUUUGAUCUGGCUGAGAGAAUCCCCCAUCUGGGCCUUAGGAUGAAGGAGCACUGCAACAGGGCCAUGGUGUAUGCAACGAGGAUGAAGAAGAUGGGCCUGAAAGUAAUUUACCCAGGGCUUGAAGACCACCCACAGCAUGAGCUGCUCAAGUCCAUGGCAAACAAAGACUAUGGGUUUGGUGGGCUCCUGUGCCUGGACAUGGGCACGGAGGAGAAGGCCAACAGGCUCAUGAACCUGCUGCAAUACUGCACCCAGUUUGGGUUCAUGGCUGUGAGCCUGGGCUAUUAUGAAACCCUAAUGUCCUGCUCUGGAAGCAGCACUAGUAGUGAGAUGAAUGCUGAGGAGAAGUCUCUGGCUGGGAUCUCUCCUGGGUUGGUGAGGAUGUCAAUUGGGUACAUUGGGACAUUGGAGCAGAGGUGGAGCCAGUUUGAGAAGGCAAUCUCUAGAAUGCAGGAUUCUGGGUUGUUGAAUAAGAAGUGA